UCCAAUUAGGAACAAAUAGACGUGAAAGCGAACGCUCGGACGUGAACAAUUCAAUGCAGUAGGUAAAGUGUGGAAAUGUGGAAUUGUGGUGGAACUGUGCCGGCCAAAGAGACGGAGGAUUGUGCCAGUGUGUGUGUGUGUGCAAACCCAAACGAGAGCAUUUUUCAAAUCAUGCAAUCAUUGCGCGCAGCUCUCUAAUUGUGGGAAAAGUGGAAAAUCGAAAUAGACAAAUAGACGAGUGGAAGCAGAAGUAGCGCGAGCAUAAGUAGCGUGAACGGUAGCUUAUGUAUUUCGAGCUGCGAGUAUGAAAUGUAGCGAGCUGCAAAUAAGUUUAGCAUUUUUAGGUGUAUAUCGUACACACCGCGGACUUUUUAUAUAGAAUAUAUACAUACAAAUGUGUUUGGUAUUAAAAAAUUUCCACCAAGUUUUGCUAAAGGAAAAACGCAAAAUAAUUUUCGCCAAAAAAUUCUGAAUAAUUUGUUUAUACUAUGUACGCGUGCGGUGGUGUGAAGAGCGUGAAAAACUUUCUCGGAAUUCCAAUAGCCGAUAAACUUACAAAUCUGUCGAAAGCGCAUUUAUAUAAUAAUCAGCAAAGCGCAGUGUAUGCGUGUACUCGCCUACGAAGUAAAUAAACUUAAAAGCAUACACUUUUUAUACCUACACACUAGCCCAUAAUCGACUAAAUAUUCGAGUGCCUACGAGAGUGUGUAGCUUGCGAAUUCAAAAAAUUCUUCAAAGCUCAUACAAAAGCUAUAUAAAUCCAGUGUGGAUGCAGAAGACAGGAAGAGCAGCGCACACGCCGCCAUUAAGGAAAGUCACCGGAAGAAUCUUCCUUCGUAAAAGCAAAGGAAUCUGUCAUCAAAGAAUUCGACAACUACAUUACCGCAGAUAAACACGAGCGGAAUAAGAAGUAAAUAAAUCUUUCAACGACAGCGACAACAACGAAACUCAACCGCAAGCCAAUGUACGCCAUAGUAACAGCAUUUAUGUGGAUGCAACAUUAAGAUACUGUAAUAUAUUUCCGCUCAAAAGGUGAUUGUCGCAUCAAAUCGCUCAGCGAAUCAUCGCAGCGGCGCAAAGUGAUCAAACAUCAAACGUCGAACGUCGUAUGUCAAAUGAUAAACGGGGAAAACACAUGUUGCUCUCGAUCGAUGAAAGUGCGUGCAAAUGCAAAGCCAACAACAACACCAACCAUAGCAACUGGAAAAACAGCUACGAACAAAAAGGAAUUAUAAGUGGCGUAGCGGUAGUAAUAAAUUAAGAGAAGAAAUAGAAAGACUCAAAUUAAAAGAAACUAAAGUGGAUUUCCGGUGAAUCAAGAAGCCGAAAAAAGAGCAACCAAAUAAUACCAACAACAAAACACCACCAGAAUACACAGGCUGCGUAGCGCACCGAAUGACAAAACCAUAUUCACAACACAUGUGUCAACGGGCACCCCUUGCUAGGUAUUUACAAAAAUAAACAGGCGGGUGCAACUAAAAAUGGAUUCAACACGCGACACAGCUACAAACAUAGCAGCAACAACAACAACAACGAGCAUAGUGCAAGUGGAGUGUACAGCAACAGGCAGGCAAGAGCACUCGAAACACCGCUGGAGAAAAAGUAUGGCUGCCAGAGUCAUAGACUCAGACAAGACAAGCCAUAAACCACAGCAUCGUCAAAUAAAUUACAAAAAUAGACGCCAUCGAAGCAGUGGAGUUGCCACAGCAACCCGCAGACGUACAACAGCAAUCAGUAAACGCCUAGUAAUAGUAGCGCGAGCAACUACACCGGCAAUGGCUCCAUUUACAGAACUUCUAAAGCUAUUCACCUUCAGCAUCCUCCUCCUUUGCCUACUAAACAAGGCGAAUCCGGUAUUUGCACGCAAGCCCACCUCACAGGAACUCAACGAUUACGACGAUAAUAUUUUCGAGGUGCAAAAACGCAGCGAGCAGGAUAUUGGCGCGGAGGCGACAGCCGAAAAUGGCGAGGCGGACAGCAUUGGCGGCGAUGAUGCGGGCGUCCAAGCGAAGAAUGGCAGUAAGUCGAUUCCUGAUUUCGGGCCACGUUUCAAGUCUUCGAAGCCGCCGCCGAAUAUAUACUCAAAACCAUCGGGAAGUUAUAUACAGCUCUCAUGUCCGGCUGUCGGCAAACCGGAGCCAAAUAUCACGUGGACUCGCAACGACACCAAAAUCAACCGCCACAUGGGACGCGUUAAAAAGUCAAAAUGGGCUAUUAAUAUGGAGGAUUUAGUGCCUGAGGACUCUGGUGUAUAUAAGUGCAAAGUGUGCAAUUAUCUGGGCUGCAUUGAGCACUCAACAAAGCUGAUAAUCAGUGAUCGCGUCAAUCACAAACCCAUCAUACUGAAAGCGCCAACAAAUUUAACAUUGCCGCUAAAUGCGAGCGGUCACAUGGAAUGCGUAUUUCUGUCCGAUCUUUACAGCAAAAAAACGUGGACAUUCACGCCUUGCAACAAGACGGCUUGCUCGAAGAAUUACACUUUCCUAAAGCAUGCAGAAGAUAUAGAUAUUUUGAAUUUCACGCAUGUCACACCGAUCAAUGAAGGCUGGUAUACCUGCAUCGAAAUGAACGGAUUGGGCCAGUCGUACAGCAAGGCUUACCUGCAUGUGCAAGAUCCGAAUGCGCCACGCGCCAUCGCGAAAAUUAUCCACAGCUAUGAGAUAUGGGGCGUUGUGGCUGUCAUGGUGCUGCUGGGUCUAGUCUGUAUUACAUUCUUCGUGUAUGUGCUGCGUAAGGUGAAGCAUGAGAAGCUACUCAAACAACGCAUCGAAACAGUGCAUCAGUGGACAAAGAAAGUGAUCAUCUACAAGCCCCCAAGUGGCGAUUCCAGCGGCUCCAUGGACACCAUGAUAAUGCCGGUGGUGAAAAUCGAAAAGCAACGCACAACUGUGCUACAGAGCUCCAACUCGGAACCGGCGCCAUUCAAUGAGUAUGAGUUUCCACUAGACUCGAACUGGGAGAUACCGCGUUCACAACUCAUACUGGGCGCCACACUCGGUGAGGGUGCUUUCGGCCGUGUCGUCAUGGCAGAAGUUAAUAAUUCGAUUGUCGCCGUGAAAAUGGUGAAGGAAGGACACACCGAUGAUGAUAUAGCAAGUUUAGUGCGCGAAAUGGAAGUGAUGAAAAUCAUCGGCAAGCACAUCAAUAUCAUAAAUUUGCUCGGUUGUUGCAGCCAAAAUGGGCCGCUAUAUGUGAUUGUUGAGUUUGCACCGCAUGGUAACCUGAAGGAUUUCCUCAACAAAAAUAGACCACUAAACGCAGGCACGCUCAAGGAUUACGGCGAUCAGCAGCACCAGCUGCCGCUACCAAAGCAUCUACUAACCGAAAAGCAUCUCAUUUCAUUUGCUUUCCAAAUUGCGCGCGGCAUGGAGUACUUGGCAUCACGUCGCUGCAUACAUCGUGACUUGGCUGCACGCAAUGUGCUCGUGAGCGAUGAUUACGUCAUGAAAAUUGCUGAUUUUGGUUUGGCGCGCGACAUACAGGAUACUGAUUACUAUCGUAAAAAUACAAAUGGACGCUUGCCUAUCAAAUGGAUGGCACCCGAAUCGCUGCAGGACAAAUUCUAUGACUCACAAAGUGAUGUCUGGUCUUACGGCAUAUUGUUGUGGGAGAUUAUGACCUUCGGCGCGCAGCCAUAUCCCACCAUAAUGUCCGCUGAGGAGCUCUACAGCUACUUGAUGUCAGGCCAGCGUAUGGAAAAACCGCCGAAAUGCUCAUUGAACAUUUACAUGCUAAUGCGGCAGUGUUGGCAUUUCGAUGCCAGUGCGCGUCCAACCUUUGCUGAGAUCGUGGAAAAUCUGGACAAGCUGCUGUUGGCCAAUGAGGAUUAUCUGGAUGUGGCAGUGGCGAAUUUGGAAACGCCGCCCUCAUCUAGUGAUGAAGAAUCGGAUGUUGAAUCUCUGCGCUAUCAUUACAAAUGAAUGCACC